AUGCAAAUGGUAAGCUUCGAUGUGGUGAGUCUGUUCACCAAUGUGCCCACUACCGAAGCUCUGAACAUAGUGAGGACAAGACUGGAGAGCGACGAUACACUGCCCGAAAGAACGACAAUCCCGACUGAUGACAUCAUGGAACUCCUGACAUUCUGUGCCACCACCACCGCCUUCCAACUGGGCGAUGACUACUACCAACAAACUGAAGGAAUGGCCAUGGGUUCACCCCUGUCACCGGUGAUCGCAAACAUCUACAUGGAACACUUCGAGGAACUGGCCUUACAAACAGCACCACUGAAACCAUCCCUGUGGCUGCGAUAUGUCGACGACACAUUCGUCCUGUGGGACCAUCGCGAGGACAUAACACCGUUCCUAGACCACCUCAACAGCCUCCGACCCUCCAUCCAAUUCACAAUGGAAACAGAAGUCGACAACAAACUACCAUUCCUUGACGUCCAAGUGGAGAAAUCUGAGGAAGCAUUCAGAACAUCGGUCUACCGCAAACCAACAGCGACCGACCGCUACCUCAACUUCAAGUCACACCACCCAGACACAGUCAAGAAAGGUAUCCAAACAGUGCUGCAGUGCGCGUCGGUCGGAUAG